AUGUCCAAGAAGAAGCAGCCGGAGUUGUGCGCUAUGCUGAACAACAUGAAAUGGUUAUACCUGUGGUACGAGAAGCUGAAUGAGUGGGAGAAAGCUCUGGAAGCUUACAUGACGGAUCCGGAACCGUUGUCAGAUGAAAUGAUUGGUCAUCAGAUGAGGUGCUUGGAAGCGCUAGGUCGCUGGGGAGAAUUAAAUGAGCGUGCACGAACAGUAAAAAAGAAGGACCAGAAGGUUGCGGUAAUGGCUGCGCGAGGUGCAUGGGCUGUUGGGGAGUGGCAAGCGAUGGAAGAUUAUGUGAACCAAGUGAACGAAAACACUCAAGACGGUGCUAUGCUCCGAGCCGUUUUAGCUGUGAAGAGAGAUCAGUACGACGUAGCCAUGAACUAUAUCGACAAGGUACGUGAUAUGUACGACAGUGAACUUACUGCGAUGGCGAGUGAAAGCUAUGAGAGGGCAUAUGGUGCAAUGGUUUGCGUACAGCAACUGGCAGAGCUGGAAGAAGCGAUGGAGUUCAAG